CGCCCUUUUGCUAAAACAAAUGCCUUGGAGCGUCGCAGAGCAUAAACUUGGAGUUGGACGAGAGAAUGGAGAUCUGAUUCAGUGAGCAGGCACUGCAAAUGGUUACCAGUCGAGGAGGGAGUUCAUCGUCGUCUUCUUUCGGGAUAUCUUCAUCCUGUUGUAAAAUCUUUCCAGUGAAACCAUCAUCUCCAUCGUCAUUCACAAUUCUUCGCUUGUUCGUACUCUUGAUCGUGUUCAUUUUCAUAUUCAAUUUCUAUAGUAGAAGCAUUUUAGAGGAUGAAGAAAAUCUAAAUCUGCGAUUGCCAGACUUUGUAUCUCAACAACAGCUGUCUAGUGAAAAACUUUGGGAAACCCCUUUUAGUGAUGGUUUACAUCCGUGUGUACAUCCUACAUCUAGAUAUCAAGCUAUUCAAGGAGGAGAUAAUAAUCAUUAUAUCACCGUAAGAAGCAAUGGCGGACUGAAUCAAAUGCGUACUGGUAUUGCUGAUAUGGUAGCAGUGUCACGGAUGAUGAAUGCAACCCUAGUUAUCCCUGAACUUGAUAAACGCUCAUUCUGGCAAGACAAAAGUGUAUUUUCAGAUAUCUUUGAUGAGGACCAUUUCAUUGAUAGCUUAAAAGGGGAUGUGAGAAUCAUAAAGAAGCUUCCUACUGAGUUGGUUUCUGUUCCUCGAGCAAGGAAGCACUUCACAUCUUGGGGUGGUUUAGGUUACUAUGAGGAGAUGACCAAAUUAUGGAUGGAUUAUCAGGUGAUUCAUGUUGCAAAAUCAGAUUCUAGACUUGCAAACAAUGAUCUACCUAUUGAUAUUCAGAGAUUGCGUUGUCGUGCUCUUUAUCAUGCUCUUCGAUUUUAUCCCUCUAUCGAAACCCUUGGAAAGGCCCUGAGCAAACAUGAUGCUGACAAACGCAGAAGCUAAUUGAACGGCUGAGAUCGCAUGGGGGAGGGGGAAGAUAUAUUUCUCUGCAUCUCAGAUAUGAGAAGGAUAUGCUGGCUUUUUCUGGUUGUACAUAUGGCCUUUCUGAUGCUGAAUCUCAAGAGCUCAGCUUAUUGAGGGAGAACACAAAUCACUGGAAAGUAAAGAAAAUAAAUUCAACAGAGCAAAGAAUUGCAGGAUUAUGUCCAUUAACUCCCAAAGAGGUUGGGAUUUUUCUCAAGGCUCUUGGUUAUCCUCCUUCAACAGCUGUAUAUAUUGCUGCUGGAGAAAUUUACGGUGGUAAAACUCAUCUUUCAGACCUCACUUCUCGUUUCCCAAACCUCUUAUUCAAGGAAAUGAUAGCAAGUGAAGAAGAGCUGAAAAUAUACGCGAAUCAUGCAUCACAAACAGCAGCACUUGAUUAUAUGAUUUCUCUUGAAAGCGAUGUCUUUAUUCCAACACAUUCCGGAAACAUGGCAAGAGCUGUUGAAGGCCAUCGCAGAUUCCUAGGCCACCGUAAGACCAUUACUCCUCACAGGAAAGGUCUAGUGGAAAUAUUUGAUAAGUUGGAAAGCGGACAACUUAAGGAAGGACUAUCACUGCAACAUCGUGUUCAGCACUUGCAUCAGAUAAGGCAAGGUGGUCCAAGGAAAAGAGAGAGUGCACCCGAUGGGAUUAAAGGAAGAGCAAGGUACAAAGCCGAAGAAUCAUUUUACCAAAAUCCAUAUCCCGAAUGCAUAUGCGCUUUACUACAAAAGUAACAUAAAAAAUGCAUUUCAUUUCCACAUUCUACAUCUGUAAAACCAGCCAGUCCCACAACCAUCAUGAGACAGGUAAAUCACACCAUAUUAAACCUUAAGUAUGGAUUCUAACAUUCUUACUGUUAGGGCUAGCAUGUAGGGAUUGUUGUAAGGAUUUGUAUAUCAUGCAAUAAUAUUUUCAUUAACUUUU